AUGUCUUUUCUGAGACGUCGCUUUGGCGGCGGCGGUGGCAACGGCGGCGAAGGAGAGGACUCGACGCCUGAGUUCUCUCGCGAACCCUCACUAGGAACGGAUGGUAAACGGCCAGCGAAUCUGCGGGUGAUCACCGCGGAGCAACUGGCGACGUUGAAACAGAAGGGAAAACACAAAAAGAGGAAUAACCUCUGGGUUUUUGUUCUUGGUGGCCUAUUCGGACUGCUGGCCGCGGGGUUUUUUGCGAGCAAUAAUGACAUGAUUGAUCUGACCAGUCUGGGGGAAGUGAACCUGGAGAGCAUCCUAGAGGCACUACCAGAGAACUUUGUGAAGAGUGCGCAACAGUUUCAGAAAACCGAACGAGACGCCGUAAACUACGAUUCCUUUGCCGUCGGGCUACACGCGAAGAGGCAGGGCAUAAAGGCUAAGCACCCGGUUAUCAUGAUUCCCGGCGUCAUCUCCACAGGGCUGGAAUCCUGGGGGACAGAGGAAAGCUCAAGACAGUACUUUCGCAAGAGACUGUGGGGUUCGUGGACAAUGAUGCGCGCAUUGGUUAUGGACAAGGCUCAAUGGAAGCGCCAUAUCAUGCUUGAUAAAGAGACUGGGCUCGAUCCACCAGGUGUUAAACUACGAGCGGCACAAGGAUUCGACGCAGCAGACUUCUUCAUAACGGGAUACUGGAUAUGGAACAAGAUUCUCGAGAACCUCGCUACGGUCGGAUACGAUCCUGGAAACGCCUUUACAGCAGCCUACGACUGGCGCAUGUCAUACAUGAACUACGAAAUCCGCGACCAAUACUUUACCCGUCUCAAGUCGCAUAUCGAAGUCGGCGUCCGCGUCUCGAACCAAAAAGUCGUUCUCCUCUCGCACUCCAUGGGCUCACAGGUUCUCUACUACUUCCUCCACUGGGUCGAAGCAGAAGGCUACGGCAAUGGCGGCCCAGACUGGGUAGAAAAGCACAUCGACUCAUGGAUCAACAUCUCAGGUUGCAUGCUCGGCGCCGUCAAAGACGUCCCCGCCGUGCUCUCAGGCGAGAUGAAAGACACAGCCCAACUCAACGCCUUCGCCGUCUACGGCCUCGACCGCUUCCUCUCGCGCUACGAGCGCGCCGAGCUCUUCCGCGCCAUGCCCGGCCUCUCCGCCAUGCUGCCCCUUGGCGGCAACGCCGUCUGGGGCGACGAGACCGGCGCGCCCGACGACUUACCCGGCCAAGACGAAACCCACGGCCGCUUCCUGCGCUUCCGCAACUCGAAUUCCACGCUCACAAAGAAAAAUAUCACUGUGGAUGAAACACUGCCAUUCCUCUUCCGCAACACAGAACCCUGGUUCAAGAAAAUGAUCCUAUCCUCGUACUCCCACGGCGUAGCUCACACGACCAAGCAAGUAGAAGAUAACCAGCUCCUCCCCGCAAAAUGGAUCAAUCCCCUUGAAACUCGGCUCCCGCUCGCCCCGAACCUCAAGAUCUACUGCUUCUACGGUGUAGGCAAGGAGACGGAGCGUGCGUAUUACUACCGCAGCGAUGAUGAUCCUGUGAGCGAGUUGAACGUUACCCUGGAUACCAUGUAUACCCAAGGCAAUGUGGAUCACGGGGUCGUCAUGGGCGAAGGGGAUGGCACGGUGAAUCUACUCAGUAGCGGGUAUAUGUGCACUAAGGGGUGGAAGAUCAAGAGGUAUAACCCCGCCGGGGUCAAGGUUACGACGUUUGAGAUGAAGCAUGAGCCUGAUCGGUUUAGUCCGAGGGGUGGACCGAAUACUGCGGAUCAUGUGGAUAUCCUGGGUCGUAUGUCGUUGAACGAUCUGAUUCUGCAGGUUGCGGGUGGACGCGGUGAGUUGAUUGAGGAGACGAUUCAUUCUAAUAUCCGCGAGUAUGCGGAAAAAGUCAAGAUAUACGAGGAGGAAGAGUGA